AUGUAUCUCUCUGUCUUGAUCUCUGUUCUUCUAACUUUUGGCUAUGCAAUUGCAACACCACAAUUGGAUGCCAAUGCUUUAAGCUCAUUGUCAUUGGAGGCAACAAGCUCAACAAUUGUCGAAACCUUGAUGCCUGACACAAUGAUAGCACAAAGCACCGGAUCUUCUUCAGCCUUGUUAAUACCCCUUCCGCUGUUAUCCAUAGAGAGUGCAUUCAUGGAAUCAGCCAACAGUACAAAAACCAACUCUGCCACCACGACAACAACAGCUACAACAGCUAUAACAACAGAAACUAUGUUUACAGUUUCCCUGACAGAAACAUUACACAGUCUUAGCGAAAAUGACUCCAGAGCUGCAACAUCAACCACUUCUACCCUCACAUCCGUCCAGACUUCAGUACCAGCCUUAGCCACCCAAGCCCUCACAGGAGAAAUUGGAUUCAGCACACCCGAACAGUUCAAAACCCAGAUCCUCCUGGCUCAUAACUGGUACCGAGCUGCACAUGGUGCAGAUCCUCUGAUUUGGAACGAUACUCUGGCUAAUUCCAGUACAACGUGGGUUGCAGAAUGUGUUUGGGGUACUGAAUCAACCCCUGACAUAGGUAAAAUUUACGUCUCUACAAUACCUACUACUAGUGUCUUUGGCAUCAUGAAUGAUUUGGGAUUGGAACGACAGUUUUAUAACUGGUCGGAUCCGGGGCCGGAUAAUUCGACUAAACAAUUUACGCAGAUGGUGUGGAAGAGCACUACGCAACUUGGGUGUGCUUGGAAUAAUUGUCCACCCGGAUCAUCACCCGACACGGAACCCCCUGUUUCAACCGAAGUCUCCCUAUUUCUACUCUGCCAAUACUAUCCCAAAGGCAACGUAGGAAACUCCACAGACUGGAAAAAUAACGUUGGAGAGUUGAUAUCUGGAAAUUUGGGACAAGGGGUUGCUGCUGCUACUGAUCUUGGUUUGACUACUGCAACUACUAGUACUACUAGUCGUUCUCCUGCUGCCACUGGGGUUGUCCGUAAAAGCUUGGGGAAUAAGCUGGAGUACAGUCUGUUUGCGAUGAUCCUCACUGCGGUUGUUCUUAUUGGAUCGGUUACCAUAUCUCCUUCUGUCCUGGUUCCUGUUCUUCUGUUGUUUGGCGCUGCAGAUGCAACACCUGAACAGGACAACGAAGCCUCAAGCUCAUUACUAGCCCAUGGCUGGAUAUCUGCGACUGCUGCUCCCAUAAGAACAGGAAAUGUUCAAGUUGUGUCUAAAGAAUUCAACACUCAGGCUAUCCAACUAAGACUGGUUUUAGCUCACCACCACAUUCCUCAGCUUUGA